CAGCAGAGCAGUUCGGUGUUUCGCAGCAGAGAGAACGACUCAGAGGAUAUUUGUGGACUCUAGGAAACAUUCAGCUGGACAAUAAUCAAAGAGUCUGCAUCUGCUUGCUGCUGGGCCUGAAGAUCCACAUUUCUCACGCUUAGAUUUUGUGUCCAACAAAUUGAGUGCAAUUAAGGCUUUGCUUGGACCCAGGUCUGAGUGUUAAACAUGGGAGACCAGAGAUCAGUCCAGCCCCUCCGGCCCCUGCUGCUGCUCCUGAUGCUUCUCGCCAGGCUGUCACAGCUGUGGGCCUUGCCCUUCAGCCCGUCCCUGGACCUGGAUGUCACCCCCAGGACUACUGUCUUCUACAAAGGUCUGUUGGGCAGAGCCAUUUUCACUGGCUCUUCCCAGAACCACAGCACCCUCCUGCUGGAGGAGGGGGCCGGGUUGCUGUACGUGGGAGGCAGAGGAGCCCUGCACGCACUCAACACCUCCAACAUCUCCACAACUGCAAACCUCACAAUUGAUUGGGAUGCUUCCCCUGAACAGAAGAAGCAGUGUCUCAACAAAGGGAGAGACAAUCAGACAGAGUGCUACAAUCACAUCCGCUUUCUGCAGCGAUUCAAUGAGACUCACCUAUACGUCUGUGGAACAAACGCCUUCAGACCUCUUUGUGCUUACAUAGAUGCAGAGCGGUUCAGAUUCUCCUCCGGCUUUGAGGAGGGCAGAGACAGGUGUCCAUAUGACCCAGCAAAGGGAUACACUGGCCUCCUCAUAGAUGGUGAGAUGUUCACGGCCUCUCAGUACGAGUUUCGCAGUUCUCCAGAUGUCCGCAGAAACUUCCCCUUCCCCACGCUCAGGACAGAGGAGGCCCCCACCCGGUGGCUCCUGGAGGCAGAUUUCGUGGGCUCCGUGCUGCUGAAGGAGAGCAUCAACAGCUCUAUCGGUGAUGACGACAAGAUUUACUUUUUCUUUACGGAGAGAAGCCAGGAGCAGAUUGCCUACCCGAGCCAGACCAAGGUGUCCAGGGUUGCCCGAGUCUGCAAGAAUGACUGGGGUGGCCAGAGGACCCUGCAGAGGAAGUGGACCUCCUUCCUCAAGGCCAGAAUGGUGUGUUCGGUCCCAGAGUAUGAGCUGCACCUCAAUAUCCUGCGCAGUGUGUUCGUCCUGCAGGGUCGAGACGCUCAAAGCAGCAUUUUCUAUGGCGUCUUUGGCUUGGAAUGGAAGAAUAUCAAAGCAUCUGCUAUCUGCCAGUACGCCUUCUCAGAUGUGCAGAAGGCUUUCGACGGGCCGUACAUGGAGGUGCAGGACUCAAAGUGGAGGGAGUACACGGGGAAAGUUCCAGAGCCAAGACCUGGAUCUUGUAUAACAGAUGUGCACAGGUCCCAGGGCAUCAACUCAUCUCGAGACCUGCCAGACAAUGUCCUCACUUUUGCCAGAAGGCACCCACUGAUGGCCGGCCAGGUGCACCCAAUAGGGGCGCGCCCACUCAUGUUCAAAAGAAGUGUCAACUAUGUCAAGAUAGUCGUGCACAAGGAGCCGGCGCUGGAUGGAAACAUUUAUACUGUUCUGUUUUUGGGAACUGAUGACGGGUGGCUGCACAGAGCUGUAGACAUUGAUGGAGAAAUGCACAUCAUAGAAGAGUUGCAGCUGUUUGAAAAACCCCAGCCCAUAGAGAGCCUGGUCAUAUCGUCUGCUCUGCGGAGUAUCUAUGUUGGCUACCACUCUGGAGUGGUGCAGGUACCGAUGUCCGCCUGUCAGAGGUACACUUCCUGCUACGACUGCGUAUUCGCCAGAGAUCCGUUCUGUGGCUGGGACGGGAGAGCGUGUGUGGAAAUAGCUUCACGUGCACUGAGGUCAAACCUUACCCAGGAUAUCCUGAAGGGAAUCAGGGGCUGCAAGGAGAAUUCAGGAAACGUGGUCCAUCGGAGGCGUUCUGUGAUGUCUGGUGAUGACGUGCUACUUCAGUGCGAGCUGCACUCCAACCUGGCAACUCCGCGCUGGACGUUAAACGGCAAAGAACUCCAGGGAUACGGCCUCAAUUCGGGCUACCGCAUCGGCACAGAUGGCCUCCUCAUAAUCGGAGCUCGUGCCCAGCAGAGCGGGUCUUAUCGCUGCUUUGCCGUGGAGAACUCCGUCUCAGUCCUGGUUUAUCUUUACACAGUCAGGGUGCACACGGACUCGUACUUCCCCGUGGAGCCCACAGCCACGACUAACCCCACCACAGUUUCCAGCCCGACUGUUUUCUCCACCAGCGGCCCCACUGAGCAGCCUCUGCCCUCACCUCCUGCCCCACUGCCUCCGGGAGCUGAGUUCCAGACCUACAGACACAUGGAGGCCGUAUACAUUUCCCUAGUGGCGGUUCUCGGAGGGCUUUGCUUGGUGUUGACUGUGGUGCUGCUUUAUGUGAGCUUCUGCACCAGACGGGUCUCUCAGAACCGAAAGUUCUCCCAGCAGGGGCUACAGGUCCUGGGGGGCUCUGAGAGAAAGAGGAGCUCCCAUCUCGAACUUAGAACCAUCUCCAGCCACUGCAAUGGCCGCCAGGGUCGUCGCUCCAUCUCGAUGACAACUUUCGGGGACAUAGGUGAUGGAUUCCUCCAGAUAGUUCCAGGUGAGGGCCAGUUCUCUCCAUUCAAAACACCUCCUCCAGCCCCUCCUCUACCUAUGCCACCUCCGCUGCCCAACACGGACUACACCAACGGGCUGUCGGCCACUCUGCCCAGCGUGCUGAGGAAGAUGAACGGGAACAGCUACGUGCUGCUGAGGCAGGCCGACCCCGAGGGCAUGUCGCCGCUCUACCACUCCUUCACAGAGGAGCUCAACAGGAUCCUGGAGCAGCGGAAACACACACAGCUGGACCUGAAGCCUGAUGAGAGCUCCAUCUAGGACGCCCCUCUCAGUCCUCGUCGUUAUUUAUUUUUACCCCAACUGUGACCCGUAGUUGUGGGGAGAACUGACUGUUGUAUCAAACACUGCUGUUAUUUACCCAGUGUCAGAGUACCUGCAGGUCAUGUCCUCACCUGAUCUGAAAUGUGCAGCCUCCUGUGUCUUCCAUGCCAAAUGGCCCACGAUUUCACUUCAACAAUGGACGGCACCAACCAGAGAUUGCUAUUCAAAAAGUGGAGCUGUGAAAAAUUUGGCCAUAGACUGCACUGUUACAAAAUUACAACGAAUAGGGAGCUCAAUGAUGCUACCCCGGUGUAAACUCCCUGGAGGCUUUGAACGAUGGUGGUCAGAUGACACAAAAACGCAGAGAUGCAAACUGGGACACAGAAAUAAAUCCGGCCAGCCAGGAGGUGAUCACGUAUUUAUGAGACUGUGGGAGUGUUCAGGAAGUUUUUAGUGCCAUGUAAUAUUAGCCCUCAAUGGAGCAGAAAGUGAUACUCAAAUCUAUACCAAAAUCUAUCUUUUGUGCAUUGUUGCAUUCGGCUACAGUGGGAAACUACCUUUCACCUAACAUGCCCACACUGAGAGCCUUUUCCCUGCGUGUUGCAAGUCUGACGUUAGGAUGUUCCUGUUCCAUGGUCUGGGGGAGAACAGGUUUGACUCACCCGUAAUCGCAGGAGCUGACUCUGUAUCAGCCACGCCUUCCAUGAGGCUGGCGGUGAUAGUAGUAGAUAGUAGACUGUUUCAGCUGCUUGGCCUCCUCUGGGUUUGGGUGGAUAUUGACAGUUCAGGGUUCUUUUGUGGAGAAAAAAUGCCUCCUUCCGGGAUAAAUUGGCAGGCGUCCCACCUCCAGGUGUCUCGCAUCAGUGGCUAAUAAGGACCUUACCCUUCUCUCCCCCGUUCCGUGUGUGACGUCAGAGCUGACCAUCCAGUCUCCUCCUACAAAUGCACUUACCUACCCAACUGAAGGACCACUUAACAUUGUUUUAAACAAGCUCAAGCAUCCAACAAGUACAUGAAAAUGUUACAACAAUGGUUUAAUGGAUUGAUGUUUUAACAGUGAAAACGUGUCCAAAUAGGAAUCCAUUGUAAGGCUGCAACUAACGGUUGUUUUCACAAUCAAUUAAUCUGGCAGUUAUUUUUUUCAAUUUAUUGUUUAGCCUAAAAAAUGUGAAAGAAUAGAAAAUAGUAAAGAAUGCACAUCACAAUUUCCCAGAGCCCGGUGUGGCGUCUUCAAAUUGGUGGUAUUGUUGACCAACAUCCGAAAUCCCAAAAAUAUACAAUUUGAAAUGAUAUCAAACAGAGGAAAACCGCAAAUCCUUGCAAUUGAGAAGCUGAAACCAAUGAGCGUUUGACAUUUCUUGCUGCAUAAAUGACGCUUAAUCCGAAUAAUUGUUAUGAAUUCAAUCUGAACAUAAGCUUUUGUUCUCUAUGAAGGAGCAAACUACUCGUUUUACAGCUACCCGUUAAGCCCGAGGGUGGCGCCUGUUUCAUAAGAGAUAGAUUUAAUGUGGGGUAUCACUUUAAGAAGGUGUUACAGUAAACGAGAGCUCAGGUGGUAAAACAAAUCAUACAUUUACAUUUAUUUAAACCACUCUUUCGUCAUUUCUCCUGCCCUCAUGUCAAUUGCAAUACUGUAAUUGCAUCACUGUUUCAGAUGUGAGAAGCAGUUUGUUCUGUCAGUGCCAGUGGCAAGAGCUGUGGGGGGAAGUAGACACAGCUCUAUGUAAGGCAGCUUAAUUAGUCUAUUAAAGACCAUUAAAGGUGCAGUCAGUUUGUGGUCAGAUUGAUUGAAUUCACUGAAGACCACAGACUGGCUUCAGGCCCCAGAAGGCUGCGGGGAAUACACAACGCACGCUGAAAACAAACGGUCGAGAUGCUGUAAAGAAAAUGCUUAUUUGCCGUUUUAUAUUUAUACAGCUAAACAUACAUAUACUUUGUCUUUUUCAGACUGAAGCCCUGUUUUUGUAUGAUCACUCAUCACGCCUUCAAGAUGUUGCAUGAGUUUCAUGCCAACACUUUGAUUCUUUCAAAAUGAUUUU